AUGGGAUCUGCCUCCUCAACUUACCGGCCCAAGUGUAUUUAUUUGGAUAUUGAUGGAAGAAUUCAAAAGGUGAUCUUUAGUAAAUAUUGCAACUCCAAAGAUAUCAUGGACCUCUUCUGCAUUGCAACAGGGCUACCAAGGAACACAACAAUCUCCCUUUUAACGGCAGACAAUUGUAUGGUAUCCAUUGAUCCGACAAUGCCUGCAAACUCAGAGAGGUCUCCGUACAAAGUGAUACCUGUUGCCACUGGGCAGCUCUCAGAGAAAGAAGAAUUGUUCCAGAAUUUAUUAGGACAGAUUGCCGAGCAGUUCUCGAGGGUUUUUAAAAUCAAUGAGCUGAAAACGGAAGUAGCUAAUCACUUGGCAAUGCUGGAGAAAAAGGUUGAAUUGGAAGGCCUGAAAGUAGUGGAGAUUGAGAAAUGCAAGAGCGACAUUAAAAAGAUGAGGGAGGAAAUGGCAGCAAGAAGCAGCAGGACUAACUGUCCCUGCAAGUACAGCUUUUUGGAUGAAAACAAGAGGCUGACUCCCCGGCGGGAUGUACCAUCGUACCCAAAGUACAUGCUGUCCCAAGAGACCAUUGAAGCCCUUCGGAAACCAACCUUUGACGUCUGGCUGUGGGAGCCCAAUGAGAUGCUGAGUUGUUUGGAACAUAUGUACCAUGAUCUUGGGUUGGUAAAAGACUUCAACAUCAAUCCUAUCACGUUAAAGAGGUGGCUGCUGUGUAUUCAUGACAAUUACAGAAACAACCCCUUUCAUAAUUUCCGGCAUUGCUUCUGUGUGACCCAGAUGAUGUACAGCAUGAUCUCGCUCUGCAGCCUCCAGGAGAAAUUUUCCCAAAUUGACAUCUUGAUUCUCAUGACUGCAGCAGUAUGCCAUGACUUGGACCAUCCAGGCUAUAACAACACCUAUCAGAUAAAUGCACGAACUGAGCUUGCGGUACGCUACAAUGACAUCUCCCCACUGGAGAACCACCACUGUGCUGUGGCUUUCCAGAUCAUUUCCCAGCCAGAAUACAACAUUUUCUCCAACGUCAACCAGGACCAAUUCAAACAGAUAAGACAGGGAAUAAUUACGUUAAUCCUGGCUACAGACAUGGCGAGACAUGCAGAAAUACUGGACUCUUUCAAGGAAAAAAUGGAAAAUUUUGAUUACUCAAAUGAAGAACACAUGACUUGUCUGAAGAUGGUACUAAUAAAAUGCUGUGAUAUCUCCAAUGAAGUCCGCCCGAUGGAAGUUGCGGAGCCCUGGGUAGAUUGCUUACUAGAGGAAUAUUUUAUGCAGAGCGACCGAGAAAAGUCUGAGGGGCUUCCAGUGGCACCAUUCAUGGACCGCGAUAAAGUCACCAAGCCGACAGCACAGAUUGGCUUCCUGAAGUUUGUUCUCAUCCCCAUGUUUGAAACUGUAACAAAGCUAUUCCCAGAAGUGGAGGAGGUGAUGCUCCAGCCCCUUUGGGAAUCCAGGGACCGCUAUGAGGAAUUAAAACAAAUAGAUGAUGCUAUGAAAGAGAUGCAGAAAAAGAAAAGUGAAAGUUUGAACACCGGCAGUACUGAAAAGUGA